AAAAAGUUGUGCUCUCUCCUUUCCCUGAGCUAGGUUUCUAUUGUAGGCGGUGCAUUCCUUGGGAGGGAGGGUGUGUAUGUGUGUGGGGGGGGGGAGGGAGCCAUCCCACAUUCAAGUGAGCUCUUAUUUAAUGGGGGUCUCCAUGCAGGUCAGAAGACAGAAGAGAUUUUCCUGUUUCCCGCUUUCAUACAGAGAGAGACAUUUACGUGCCACAGAGGCAUGGAACGUUUAACUGAACUAACCCUAGAGGAAGCAGCUGCAAGGGCCAAUCAAGAUGCCUGGAUGCAUAUCAAGGAGGAUUUCAGGAAAAUGCGUUGGACUGUGAUUUUUUGCAUGCUGUCUGUGCUAGUCCUAACAUUACCCACAGCCUAUCUGCUGGUUGGAAAUUUCAGAGCCCACAAACCUAGCCUGGAUCAGGUGGCAGAAGAAAGAGCGCCAAAUGCCUUAAAGCAACAGGCAGCAACUACUUAUACAGUAUUCACUGACGAAAAGCCAAGAGCACACCUAACAGUUAAGAAACAGGACAGCCAAUCUGCUGAAAGAAACCAGUUUCCAGUUCUUCAGUGGGAAGACAAUCGAGGCUUGGCAUUUACCAAGAACAACCUGCAUUAUACCAACAAAUCAUUGGUGAUACCAGAAGCUGGAGAUUAUUUCAUCUACGCUCAGGUCACUUUCCGAGGGCCCAUUCCAGACCCCUCUAAUACAGCUUCCGUAACUCAGAUCAUUACCAAAGUCACAGACAGCUAUCCUGAGCCAACUCAACUGCUGACUGGCACCAAGACUCUGUGCGAAAAUACAGAAAACCAGUGGGUCCAACAUAUUUAUCUAGGGGCUGUGCUUCAGAUGCUGGAAGGAGACAGACUGAUGGUGAAUGUUAGUGAUAUCAGAUUGGUGGAUUACACUAAGGAACACAAGACUUUCUUUGGUGCUUUCUUACUGUAGAUGUCUGGCAACAGCCAAGAAGGACUUUGACUCCUCAGGGUCCUGAUACUGUAUUCCUGACAUGAGAGUUUUCACAAAUUACUUCAGUGAGUGCAAAAGCAUCUUAUAUUCUCAGUGUUAUUCUGUUUCUGUAUUCUCAGUUACCAGCAGGCUAAGGUAGCCCAUGAUUUAGUUGACCGCUGUGGAAAAAGGUUGAAGUUAGAGGCUGAAUGUGAGUUUAUCAUUAUACCAAAUACAGUGACAAACUAUACUAAAAUAUACGCAGAGAAGAGAAGUUAAAACAUUCCCAAAUUAAAGCUGGGGAUUUCAUAGAUGCCUACAAACAAAAGGCAGUCUAUAGGUGAGGGGGAAAUAAUUAUCUUAAUAUAACCAAAUCUAUGUUAAGUGAUUCCAUUGCAAUAAGCAACCUCCUUUUCUUAAGUAAACACUUUAAACUACCCCCAAUGUUUCCAGUAUAAUAUUGCCUUGUCCUUUUACAAUGAUGAUCUCAAAAAGAUGAAUUAAUAUUUGAUAGUUCCCUAUAAAUAUGUUUGCUCAGUAUAUAACACUUAAGUCUUCAAAGCACUGUUCUCUCCUUAUCUGUUUAAUUAAUCCCUCUCAAUUGCUGUGGGAAGUAGAUUAAAAUCAUUUGGAGUUCUCAGAAAAAUCACCUAAAUUUUUCUUCCAAAGUUGUUUACUAUUUUAUUCUGAACUAAUCUGCAACCUAGGCUGUAUCUCUUUCUAUAAACUGUCUAUUGAAAAAGGUUCAUGGUUUCUUGCAGAAGUUAAUAGUCCCUCUCAGGAAAAAAAGAAGAAAUGUUAGCACUGGUCGAAAAACUGAGAUACGAGAAGAAGCUUUUUAUAUAGUCUCUGGCUUUUAUCUGCUCAUCCUUCAUAAAAAUUGAGCAAAGACCUCUGCAAAAAAUUCAAAUACUAAGAAUGUCAACCUGGUCUACAACAUAAAUGAUUCCUGAUUUUUCUUUG